AUAAGAUAGAUAACAACGAUCUUCUUUUGAUAAGUUAUUCAGUUGAUAUCUUAAGCUCGAUGGCAACAGACGAAGAAAACUUUGAUGAUGAUCACGAAAGUGUUAAAGAAAAGUUCAUCAUUAAGGAUGAUAAUAAAUCAGAUGAAACUGAUGAUGAAAAGAUUGACGACGAGAAUUCCACUUCUCAAGAAGAAAGUUCGAAAUUCUUUGGAAGCAAAAAGUCAUUUGUGUUGGUUUACACGUUAAGUGCGAUGCUUUUUAAUUGUGGUGGCUCCUACACUCGUGGUAUUAUCUCAACAUUGGAAAAGCAAUAUAAACUAUCAAGUACGAGUAUUGGAGUGAUGUAUGCUUUGGAAGAUGUCAUCAGCGGCAUUUUGGCUAUCAUCAUUCCUUACUAUACAUCCAAAGGACAUUUCCCACGUUGGAUUUCUUUCGGUUUGUUUCUUCUAUCAGUUUCAUUAGUGUUGCAAGUAGUACCUUAUGCAAUUUAUGGACCGGGAAGAGAUGCGCUUGCUUUAACGGAAGAAUAUGGAUCGGAAUUCAAUGGCAAUCUUACAUGGGAACGCAUAAAACGAAACAAAUUAAAAAAUUUAUGUUUUGAAAAUAAGACAACAAUCGAAGACUGUUCUGAUGAAGUCAAGAAUGAAUAUCAAUUUGCGACAACAAUCAUCGCUAUUGCAUCGUCAUUUGCUGGAUGUGGUCAGCAGUUUUUCAGCACACUUGGAACUACAUAUCUUGACAACAAUAUUAAACGAUCAAAGAUUCCAUUGAUUUAUAGCGCUCACAGAUUUGUGCGUCUUCUAGCACCAGCGAUUGGAUUAAACACAGCGUCAUUUUUCUUGAAAUUUUAUGUUGCGCCGCAUCUUCAUCCGACGAUAAACAACAAAGAUCCACGAUGGAUUGGUGCAUGGUGGGGUGGCUACAUAAUCUUAGCAAUUGCUUCGAUUCUUCUGGUUCCUAUUUUGGCCAAAUUUCCAAGAAUGCUACCACGAGCUGUUGAAAGGAAACGAACGAAAGGCGAACAGUUGUUGGAAAACGUUGAAAAGCCUUCAAUUCAAGAUCUUUUCGACACCAUUAAAAGACUUUUGACAAACAAAACAUACUUUUGCAAUACGAUGGCAGCAAUUUUCUAUGUUUUCGGUUUCAUUCCUUACGGAUAUUUCAUGCAAAAGUAUCUUCAAAUUCAAUUUCUUUUAUCACCUUCCUUUGCCAACGCAAUGACGGGUUCAGUGAGCUUUGUAGCAUCGGCUGUAGGACUCUUAACUGCUGGAAUCGUAAUCACGAUAUUUAAACCAAGAGCACGAUAUCUUGCUGGUUGGAAUAUUGUUACAAGUUUCAUAAGUGCGUUGGGAUUGAUCGCGUUUGGAUUUGUUGGAUGUCCAGCAAACAACAAUGCAGAAAUUUUGAGAAACUCAUUGGAAAGUGCACGUUGUAACAUGGAUUGUCAUUGUGACUUUGUCAAAUAUUCUCCAGUAUGCGGCAUUGAUGGUGUCACUUACAUUUCCGCAUGUCAUGCUGGUUGUCAUGAUGACUUUAAAUUUAAGAAUGGAACGA